CCUGGCAGGCAUUGUUUUCAAAGUGCACCAGUCCAAAGGUCAACAAUUGCAAAAAUGAAUCUUUAUAUUGUCCUACUGGUGGUAUCAGUGUGCCUUAACUUUAUACUGGCGGCGCCGAGCGUGGAUAUUUCCAACGACGAAUUAUUGGAUGGAAAAUAUCUUUGUGAAGCUGGCUCAAAGAAGUAUGAUGGACCUUUCAUAGUUAGAUUAAUUUCUGCUGCGAAUGGGCAAACGUUAGUGUGCUACGAGUGUAGCCAGUCGGAUUUCAAGGCAAAGUACACUGUGAAACCCUGCGGAGAUCGGUUUACACCUGGAAAGUUUGGAACAAGCCACCACAGAGACAUGGCUCCAUACCUUAUAAGGAUGGACCCGAUGUACAAGGACACCUGGAGCAGUAAGCUUAAAAGGAACUUUGAUGAAAUCGACAAGGCUUCCGCCAACUUUAGCAUUCUCAACCAGCUUGUCUAGAUAGCCUCUCCCACACCAUUGUAGAUGCUUACGGAAACGGAAAUCGAUCGAAUCGCGAAUAUACUCUUAAAAUGCUUCAUGUCAAGGGAUUAUAGAUUAUAGAAAAUAAACAAUGUGCAUCCUCAUAA